AUGGAACAAAUUACUUUAAUUCCCCCACAGAUGUUAAAAAUUAUCCCCGUUUUCGGAGGGGAUAAACGACAAUUAAAUUUAUUUUUAAGACAGUGUGAAUAUGUGAUAAGUAAAUUUCAAGGCAGUGAGGAACAAAAUGUUUAUUUAAUGAAUAGUAUUACAAGUCGCCUAACCGAUAGGGCCGCCUCGCUUAUCAGCGAGCGAGAGGAUGUUAUGACUUGGACUGAUUUCAAGGAAAUUCUCAUACAACAUUUUGGAGACCCACGUAGUGAGGAAUGCAUAGCGAUAGAAUUGGAAAAUUUAAAGAUUAGAAAUGCGGAAAGUUAUUUAGAUUUCUGCAAUAGAAUUCAGUCAGUGCGUUCUGUUUUGAUAUCGAAAGUGAAUCAAAUUAAAGACGUAAAAAUAAAAGAAAGUAAAAUAACCAUAUAUAAUAAUACUUCUUUAAAUGUUUUUCUCUACAAUUUACCUGAAGAUAUGGUCAGAGUAGUGCGACUGAAAUCCCCCGAAACAUUGGAGUCCGCGCUUAGUGUAGUUUUAGAAGAAGUAAAUUUCCAAACUCAGUAUCGACUACGCAGUGCCGCGCAACCUUCGGUUCAAAAGUUCAAACCUGAUCAUUAUAACCAACAAUCUACUUUUAAAUCUCAAAAUAAUUUUAACUUCCCAACUAAACCGAGUUGUACGCCUGUGCCAAUUUAUCAAGCGCAAAAACCACCCCCGUAUAAAUUCGGAAUACCUCAAUAUCAGAAACCAUCCCCACACAUGCCUACCGGAUUUAAGCCAAAUUUAAGUCCAUUUUAA